CAUAUCUCUCAUCAAUCUCUCUUUCUCUCUCUUAGGGUUUCAACUUCCAACCUUCUUCUACAACAAUGGCGGUUGAUUUCGUCGGAAUUCAAUCUACCGAUCAUCUUCUAAACCGCAUGUUCCAGUUAUUAAGUCACGAUUUAAACGUUUCGUCAACCUACACGCACGCGGUUUCUGCUUUCAAACGCACCGGUCACGCACGGUUCCGCCGUGGACCGUCGUCUACCACCGGAGACACUAACGGACCUUCAACUUCUUCACAUUCGGAAGGUAAAUCACGAGAUACGACUUCGUUUGUACAAAACGAGUGUUUUUCAAACAAAUCGGUGACGGAGAUAACGACGACGACGACGUCAACGAGCUCGUCGUCUGUAGUAUCUUCUUCCACCGGUGGAAACUUAGACGGAAGUGUUUCCAACGGUAAACAGUUUUCUUCGUUAGGUAUAGUAGCUCCGGCGCCGACGUUCUCGUCUAGAAAACCACCGUUACCGUCGACACACCGGAAAAGGUGCGGCGCUGAUCGUCCUGUUGCUUCCGUACACGGAUCCGGAAGCGGUUGCCAUUGUUGUUCCAAGAGAAGGAAAACCGGAUCUAAACGUGAAAUUAGAAGAGUUCCGAUUACCGGAUCUAAAAUUACAAGCAUACCUGCUGAUGAUUACUCAUGGAAAAAGUACGGCGAGAAGAAGAUCGACGGUUCACUUUAUCCACGAGUAUAUUACAAAUGUAUUACCGGAAAAGGAUGUCCGGCGAGGAAGCGCGUGGAGUUAAGCGCCGACGAUUCGAAGAUGCUUAUUGUUACUUACGACGGAGAACACCGUCACCGUGACCGUCACGCGCCGGUACCUAUGAGUUUGACCGGUGUGUAUGGUGAGUCAAAGUGAGGGGGACACAUGUGUGGUCCGUGAGCACUUUGCACAGUUUUCUAAGGUCAACAGGAAGAGAGAGAAAAUAACUUUUUUUAUUCUUGGUUUAGUUGAGGGUUAAUUUGUACAUUUGACAAAAGAUGAAGGGUGUAAUUGGUAAUUUAGAAGAUGCCCCCAGAUCUGAUAUUCGAUUUUGUUUGGACUAAUUACUUUAUAAAAGUUGAUAUUGGUAUAUUUAAAAUUUAA